AUGCAUUUCAGGCGUUCGAAAACAGGGUCGAGGUCAUCUCAGAGCACAUCUGCUGCAACAAAGGAUUCUCUUGUGCCUGUCAAUGAACCGGUUGUGACAACUUCAUAUGAGCCAUCUGGUUCUGCCACUGAUGAUCUUUGCAAAGCGUUAUCUUUGCCGUCGGAAUCAGCUGCACAAGAAAACACCACAAAAGAGCAAGAAUUGAUUGAUGUUCUAACCGUGACAUUGUCAACAUCAUCAGCUUCACCACCCCAUACCCCUAAUUCUUCACCACCUGCAAUUCACCAAAACAUGCACCAUCCAGCUCAGGUCCCUCAUGGACCACUUCCAUACGAUAGUUACAUUGUUCCAUGGGCUCAGCCUCAAGUUCAACCACAAUAUCAACCACAGAACCACUCAAAUCCACUGGUUUUAGGGCAACAAGAGUUCCAGUCACAAACUCAGUAUCAUCCAUACACAUCUGGGUAUCCACUUCCUAAAUGGGCGAAUACUCCAGGUUAUUUCACUGGUGCAAAUAUGUGUAACUCAUUCCCCGUGAACGCAAGCAAUGGUGAUGUUUGGGGGACUCCGAUGCUGGCAGAGAAGCCUUAUAUUCCUCCGUACAGAUUGUUUGAGGAUUUGAAUGUACUCGGAAAUGGCGAUGGAAGACUUAAGAUGAAGAGCACUACUUCUAGUUCUACCCAAAGCAUGGUUGGUGAAAGGAAGUAGAGAUGUUUGGAUUUUGUAGUAAUAAUAUGUUCAUAUGAAGAUGGACAUGGAAUUGUCUUUUGGAUUCAUCUGUGUAGUUCGGGUGAUUCAUCAAUUAAGCUGAUUCCUUUUUAUUGAUUUAAAUAUCAAUUUGGUCCCAUUUUUUAAUUUAAUUAUUGAAAUAUAUAUCAA